UUAUUUUUAUAGCUACCAAAAUUAUUCAUCUCUUAUGAAGUCAUUUUCAUAUUUUUAUAUUUUCAACACUUUUUCUGUUCAAACUUCAAAGUUUGAGUGAGUAAAUUUCUGAACAUUACAUAUGAAGGAAAACAAAAUAUUUUCACAUGAAUUAACCUUAGGCGUCAAUGAGUUUAGAUCCGUCACUGCGCGUGAAAGAGAGAGAGGGAAGUUCAAGACGCUUUUCUGUACUAUUUCUGUCACGUAGGCGCAUAUAUUCGUUGUUGCAUAUAGGUGUACUGACAUCGAGACGCAAAUAAUUAGUAAACGGUGCGAAAACAGGAGCGACGGAGGUUGUAGUUUGUUGAUCGAGGAUCAAUCCCGUCAUAGUUACCAAUUGCUUUUUGGGUGUUUUCGUUCGACGAAGUGACCGUGAUAAUUCGAGUGCCAAUCCGUGCGACAACAAUGUCCGUGAUUAUGGAUUGUUUUCGCCAGUAGCGGACGUUGUGAAGUUUGUUAGUCACUUUGUUUAGGUGAAUUCCCGAUAAGCCAUUCUGAACCGUCGUUAUUUCUAUUUGAUUCGUGGCAGGUCCGCCAACGACUUUGUGUUUAGCUUGGUGUUUAUUUUGUAAUCGUGAGACGGCGUCUUUUAUUUCUGAAGGGUAGUUUCCUCUCCAUCCUUUACGCCGCUUUCCCUCUCUUCAGCUGGGUACGUCACUCGCGCACUGUAAGAAAGCCAAAACUUCGCUCGUCACGGCUGAAGCUCGAAUUCGAAGACCGGUUGCUGAAAUCGGGUUCACGUACGGACGUAAAUUCGUCUCAAUAUCUUUAAUUAGAGAUCUGUGAUGUACAAGCUCAGUGUCGCGGGAAAAAUCAUCACAUCCACAAUUAAUUUCGUGCACUCGAAAAGGAAAGGAAUUUUCAUAUACAUAAAAAAAAUGUACAAAGACUCAAUAAGUCUUCGAUGUCAAAGAAGUUUUUUAACGUUUCGCUUAUACUGAACGCCUUGGCCGUCCGACUGAGAAACGAGGUCAAGUUUUUGCCACGAAAUACACACUACAAGUCAUCGACUCCGAUGUAAUGGAGUGUUAAAGAUACAAGAAGCGUUCAGCUAGGAGAUCCACCAAGGAUAUCUGUCACAUUGACGCUGUUCUUACACGUCUUAAAGAGAAACAUCGUUAUAUGCAAGAUGAAAUUGUUGGAGAGUACACGCUUUGAAGCUAUAAACAGUGCCUUGUCCAUCAAAACUGGAGACAGUAAGAUAAUAGGCAGGAUAGAGAGCUACUCAUGCAAAAUGGCUGGGAAUGAUAAACAGCUAUACAAACGUUUCAAUGCAGAACAAGGAUUCACUCCGCAUGAUCUUCAAGCUUUAUCACCACCGCAAACAUCUUUGGGGACAUCCCCUGCUCAAAGUCGCAGCGUUUCUGGCGACGAAGAUGGUCCACUGUGCGAUACAAUCAGUAGAAAAACAUUAUUCUAUUUGAUUGCCACUUUAAAUUCAGCUUUCCACCCAGAUUAUGAUUUUUCUGAUGCUAAGAGCCAUGAAUUCAGCAAAGAACCAAGUUUAACGUGGGUCAUGAAUGCUGUAGAUAGCAAUUUGAGUGCAACUGCAGGAGAUCAUUACCGCACCCUUCGAACAGCACUUUGGGCAGCUGUUGAUGAUGAAAUAUCAUUAAGCGAAUGUGAUAUUUAUAGUUACAAUCCAGACUUUGUGUCUGAUCCAUUUGGAGAAGAUGGAUGUUUAUGGUCUUUUAAUUAUUUCUUCUAUAAUAAGAAGUUGAAACGCAUUGUGUUCUUCACAUGCAGAGCAAUAAAUCCUCUCUACGUACUAGAUUCUGGAGUUGGCAGUGACUUUGCCAUGGAUGAAGAUGAAGAUAGAUACUAAAUUUAUGAUACAUAUUUACAAACGUUAUCUCCAUCUUUAUUAAUUUUGCCAUAGAAAAGCACGAAUGAACAUUCAAUUUUUCUUCUAUUACAUAAAACUUAUUAUGUACAAUGAUACAUCUUAAUUUUCAUAAUUACUCUAAAUAACUUCCUUCGUAGUGACGUUUGUUUUAGAUUGAAUAUCGCUAACAGAAAAUUCUUUUACCACCUUUCCUCUUUAGUUUCUUAUAGUAUUAACGUUGAAGUAUAGUCGACAGAGAAUCAAAUAGACGAACAAGUUUGGAAGAUUUUUAAAAUUUGAUUUUUUUCUGCGUGAAUUGUAUUUUUCGCAUACAGACUAACAUUCAGUAUAUUUUAAGCAUACGACUCAACUAAAUGUUAGUCAAAGUCGUGUAAGUCCAACUACAGACAUUUACGUUACAUGGUAUGUAAAAAGAUAUUCAAAUUCGAAACUGGAGAGAAUCUUCGUUAUUGUUUAAAUAUAAAAACAAAACGACUUAACGGAUUUUUAAAUUGAUGUUGUACUGAGUUACUCUGUUAGAUGUUAAAGAUAAAUCAAGUUUAGGUAAUAGAACGGGAUUAGACAAUUAUUAGAGCAAUGCUAGAUCUAAAGGUGCAGCAUUAAAUUUCAAAUCCUAGUCAAUAUACUUUUGAGUUAGAAAAACUGCAAACUAUUCGUGUUGUUUGCUAUAAAUAUGUCACAAAAUAUUUUCAAUAUAUUAAUAGCACUUAGUACAGAAUUGUGCUUUUUCCUUUUCUUCACUUGUAACUUCUGACAAGUGCCGUUGAUUUUAAUUUCUGUUUAUAUGUAAAUAUAUCUCAAAUUGUAGAGAUUUCCAUCCAGUUUGUCACAAUCAUUUCGAUCAAAUAUAUGAAUAAAACGAGUAAUGGAUCAAUUUUAGUAUAGGAUAGUAGACUUUUCUAAUACUUUUGCUUAGACUGGAAACUUAAUUUUAUUUCACUGAUGAAUAUGUAUAAUAUAUAUUAUACCUCUCAUGAACUAAAAAAGACAGCACUGUGGUUGCAUUAGAUUAGGUUUCGGAUUAAAGAAAAACAGUGAUUACGAGGCAAUUUCUAUAACAUAUGUAUAACUUUAGUUUCUUUAAAACUACACAUUUGUCUGUUAGCAUUUCAAUAAACUUUAUAAAUCGA